GCCUUUCCAUCGUCAACCUCAUAGGCUUCCUGUUGCGUUUUUCUAAUGCUAAUAACCACUUUUGAUUUCCCUUUAUUAAUGGCGAUUCCUUUCAUUUUCAUCUGUUCUAUUCUUAUUCACUUCCAUUUAUCCUGUAAAACUCAUCAACUAACUAUUCCCUUAUGGCUUCUGAUGCUGUUCAUGACAUCAAUUCUCUCUUUUCCUCCGAUGGAACAGAUUUUCUCAUCCGCAAUAAUGGCGAUCAGGUGAAAAUCAGUUCCUUAAUUGGGAAGAUUGUGGGGUUGUAUUUCUCCGCCUCUUGGUGUCCUCCUUGUCACCGUUUUACUCCAAUAUUUGCUGGGGUUUAUGAGGAAUUAGCUUCAAAGGGUGAUUUUGAAGUUGUCUUUGUUUCUAGUGACAACGAUGAAGAGUCUUUCAAGGAUUAUUUCUCUAAAAUGCCAUGGUUGGCAAUUCCAUUCUCUGAUUCAGACACCAAUCAACGUUUGAAUGAACUUUUCAAAGUCAGGGGAAUUCCUCAUCUUGUUGUUCUCGACGCCAAUGGGAAGGUUUUAACUAAUGAUGGAGUGAGACUUGUCAGUGAAUAUGGGGUUAAUGCCUAUCCUUUUACUUCUGAGCAGAUCAAACUUUUGAAGGAGAAAGAGUUGGAAGCGAAAAGAAACCAAACCAUUAGUUCCAUUUUGGUUUCGAACUCGCGUAAUUAUGUGAUUUCAAACGAUGGAACUCAGAUUCCUGUUUCUGAGCUAGAAGGGAAAGUGGUAGGGUUGUACUUCUCAGUGUAUGGUCAUGAACCAUGUGAUGAUUUUACUUCUAUUUUGGUUGAUGCUUACAAGAAACUCAAAGAGAAGGGAAACAAUUUUGAGAUUGUGUUGCUCUCUUUAGAUGAUGAAGCUGAUGACUUCAAUGAAGCAUUGGAAACACUGCCAUGUCUGGCAUUGCCAUUUCAGGAUGAAAAAUGUAAAAAACUCAUUCGAUAUUUUGAGCUUAGUGAUAUUCCCACCCUUAUCAUAAUUGGACAGGACGGGAAGACUUUGCACCCGAACGCAGUUGAACUCAUAGAAGAGCAUGGCCCUGAUGCAUACCCUUUCACUCCUGAAAAAAUUGAGAAGCUUGUUGAGAUUCAGAAGGCAAAACUUGAGUCACAGACUCUGGAGUCUCUUUUAAUUUCUGGGAAUAAGGAUUAUGUUAUUGGAAAGAACGGUAAAAAGAUCCCGGUAUCUGAGCUCGUUGGCAAGAACAUUCUGCUUUAUUUCUCAGCUCACUGGUGCCCCCCGUGUCGUGCAUUCUUGCCUAAGCUUAUACAGGCAUACGAUGAAAUUAAACAAAAGGACAAAGAGUUUGAAGUGAUUUUCAUUUCAAGUGAUAGUGACCAAGAUUCCUUUGAGGAAUUCUUUUCAGGGAUGCCUUGGUUAGCCCUGCCAUUUGGUGAUGAAAGGAAGAAGUUCCUAAAUCGGAGGUUCAAAAUUCAAGGCAUUCCUACACUUGUAGCCCUUAACCGAAGUGGUUGUACUGUUUCAACAGAUGCUCGUAAGCUUAUACAAUCUCACGGAGCAGAUGCCUAUCCAUUCACAGAGGAACGUCUGAAGCAAUUGGAGGCACAGUUGGAAGAAGAAGCAAAGGGGUGGCCUGAGAAACUAAAUCAUGAACUACAUGAAGAACAUGAACUUGUUCGAACACAUCAAGCUGAAUAUUCUUGCGAUGGUUGCGAUGAGAUGGGGUAUGGUUGGUCGUUUUACUGUGAGGAAUGUGACUUCAGUUUGCACCCAAACUGUGCUAUGAAAAACGACGACGGGGCUGAGGAGCAGAAAGAAGGGUGGAUUUGCGAGGGAGACGUGUGCCGUAGAGUUUAAGGAAACAUAUGCAAAAUUGCAAAGAAAGUAUAUGAAAGGCUAUGAGGGUAUAUGUUAUUUGCUAAUUGUUACCUUCUUUUCUGUUCUUCCAUGGUGUGUUCUGUGUACUUUGUUGUUCCAAAUCACUUGGUAUGUAAUGAGAUUUCGUAGUUCGAAUAAAAUCAAAAGAAGUUGGCAGUUUCAAGCA